UGAUCACAGGGCAGCAUCGCAGUGGUGUCAUCUCUGCCCGAACGCGGAUCGAUGUUCUCCUGGACAGUUUCCGUAAGAAGCAGCCCUUCACGCACUUCCUGUCCUUUGCUCUCAACCAGCCAGCCAUCCAGGAGAAGUUCCUGCAGUUCAAGGAGGAAGUGUUGGAGAAAUGCUCAAAGGAUCAUGGGGUCAGCAGCAGCCUGUUCCAGAACCCUGCAAAGCUUCACCUGACUCUUGGGACGCUGGUACUUCUGAACGAGCAAGAGAUCCAGAAAGCAUGUGACCUCCUGCAGCGAUGCAAAGAGGACUUUGUGGACCAAAUUGCUGGAGGCAAGCCCCUGACUGUGGAGGUGGCAGGAGUGGAGUACAUGAACGAUGACCCUGCCAUGACAGAUGUCCUUUAUGCCAAAGUCCGCAUGAAGGAUGGUUCGGACAGACUGCAGGUGAUUGCUGAUCAACUGGUGGAAAGGUUCGUGGCCUCCAGCCUGAUGCUUAAAGAAUGGGAUAGGGUGAAACUGCACGCUACAGUCAUGAACACGCUCUUCAGGAAAGAUCCAAGCGCUGAAGAGCGAAACAAUACAGUGACUGGUAAAUCAUCCUUCAAGGAACGGGAGUCGUUUGAUGGCCGAAAUAUCCUCAAG